ACGCAGCCUCCCGGCAGCACCGCGAUCCCCGUGCGCCGCGGAGCCUCCGUGCAGCGGGGCGGGGCGCGGGGGCUGCAGGGCUCGGCCGCCCCACGGGCGGGAGCCGCCGCCGGCCCCGGAGCCACCCGCCGGCCGCGCCCCCGCCCGCGGUACCCCCCGCCGUUGGCUUGGAAACGGGCUGGCAGCCUCCGCCUCCUCCUCCAGAGCCAGCCCCGCGCUCCCCCUGCCCCGGCUUCCCGGCGAGAUCGCUGAGCACCUCCCUGCCUCCCGCCGGGGGACACCGGACAAGUGUUGCCGUUGAAAAAUCUUCCUUUUCUUACGUUCUGUUUUCUAGGGAGAAAAUGCGGCAGGGCCGGGCGCGCCUGCUGCCGGGGCUGCGGGGCUAGCGCCUGCGGCCGCGGGGUGUCUGCUCGCUGCCAGUUGGAGAUGCUGCUGUGAGGAAGGGCCGGAGCGGAGGGAGAAGCGUCAGUGGCUGCGGGCGUUUGUACGGAUGGAGUGAGGAGGUGGAGGCUGCCUGCCUGGUGCCGAGGAGGUGGAAAGCACAGAUUUACAGAGCUGAGCUGGAUCAGCUGAAGAAGUGGGGGAAGAGAAACAAAACAAGUGCAGCACCAUUGAAAAGAGCUUCAGCUUUAUCUAGCAGCAUCACCACAGCAACCAGAGAGUACAAUUAAAAGACAAGGGCUGGAACAGAGAAGGUAAAAGUGCGGCUCCUUACCUUUGGACAGAAGGCAACAGAAGAGCUGAGAGGAGGAAUGCAGAACAGGGAGCAGUAUUUGAUGGAUCCAGCCAACUUGUGGCAAAGGGAAGUGUCCCUCCAUUAACAGGAAUGUGCCACUCUCUAUGUACUGGAAAGGGGAGUACCAUGAGAUCUACUGAAGAGACUCUUUCUGUGGUUGCAUAUCUACAGGGGUUUGCACCCCUGCUAGGCCUGAAUUAAGUGGUACAGGCACCAUCAGGCAUUGGACAGGGACUUCUUUUUCCACCCAAGGUGUCCCUGGCACAAGAACUGAAAGCCCCUUCAGACUUUUGAGACGCAAGCAGAGAGAGACCAUCUCCAAGCCCUCCCUUCUGCACCUGCCUGCUAUACCAUGGGAUGUCGGCAAAGCUCUGAGGAGAAAGAGGCAGCGCGGCGGUCACGCAGGAUUGACCGCCACCUGCGCUCUGAAAGCCAGCGCCAGCGGAGGGAGAUCAAGCUCCUGCUGCUGGGCACCAGCAAUUCUGGCAAGAGCACCAUUGUAAAGCAGAUGAAAAUAAUCCACAGUGGUGGCUUUAACCUAGAGGCCUGCAAGGAGUACAAGCCUCUGAUUAUCUACAACGCGAUCGACUCCCUCACACGGAUCAUCCGGGCUCUGGCCACCCUCAAGAUCGAAUUCCACAACCCCGACAGAGCCUAUGAUGCUGUGCAGCUCUUUGCCUUGACAGGCCCAGCCGAGAGCAAAGGGGAGAUCACUCCUGAGCUGCUGGGAGUCAUGAAACGGCUGUGGGUGGACCCUGGCGUGCAGGAGUGCUUUUGCCGCUCCAACGAGUACCACUUGGAGGACAACGCUGCCUACUAUCUGAAUGACCUAGAGAGGAUUGCGGCCCUGGACUACAUCCCCACGGUGGAAGACAUCCUGCGCUCACGGGACAUGACCACGGGCAUUGUAGAAAAUAAGUUCACCUUCAAAGAGCUGACUUUCAAAAUGGUGGACGUGGGUGGGCAGAGAUCCGAACGCAAAAAAUGGAUCCACUGUUUCGAGGGGGUUACAGCAAUAAUUUUCUGUGUGGAGCUGAGUGGAUACGACUUGAAGCUCUAUGAGGAUAACCAAACAAGUCGGAUGGCGGAAAGUUUGCGUCUCUUUGAUUCCAUCUGUAACAACAAUUGGUUUAUCAACACUUCCCUCAUUCUUUUUUUGAAUAAGAAAGAUCUGCUGGCAGAAAAAAUCCGACGCAUGCCCUUAACAGUCUGCUUUCCUGAAUACAAAGGCCAAAACACUUACGAGGAGGCAGCAGUCUACAUCCAGCGCCAGUUUGAGGACUUGAACCGCAACAAGGAGACCAAGGAGAUCUAUUCACACUUCACCUGUGCCACUGAUACUAGUAACAUACAAUUUGUCUUUGAUGCAGUGACAGAUGUCAUCAUUCAGAACAAUCUCAAAUAUAUUGGCCUCUGCUAAGAAUCCUUGGGGCUUAAUUUCUUAUCCUGAAGUGACAAAAAAGGGGCUAACCACUUCCACUUCUUGUGGAUAAAUAUGGGGCAAUGCUUAGUAGCCCAAGGAGAGAAAAGGGGAAUUCUGAUGUAUGUUCAGAGUUCCUCUUAUGCCCCCUUAUCCUGCUACAUAAUUUUUCACCAAUAUGUGUUCUGGAGAGUGAAAGCCUCCUCUCCAAAAAACACCACCACUGCCCUGCCCCCAUGAAAAAAAAAUAAUUAAAACCCCCAACCCUAACAACAACAACAAAAAAAAAGUGAUUGAGGCCUAACUCUGUGGAGAUGUUUUCACCACAGUCACUGCACUUUUAUUCCAUUUGUUUCAUUCCAUUUCCUACAGUGGGAGUGUUACCAUGUUCUAUGUAAGAAAUAAUUCCUCAUUCAGUUGUCCUAAAAUGUUACUGACAUGAAGCUAGGGUGAGUGACAGAUGAACUGGCUUGCAGGGUGUGGAGCAGAAUGGUGUUGGAGAGGAAUGCUAGUUCAAACCAGACACUAUAGAACAGAGAGUGUAAGCAAAAUGCAACAUGGCUUUGUAGCAAAUGGGCAUGCACCCACACUACUGGUGCACAGAGCCAAACAGUAUGCACACAAACAUCAUGUAGGCACAUGCCUCACAGCAUAUACUCUGCACACACUUCUGCUUUACUUUCCUGUUUAUCAUGGACACCUUGCCUGGCCAAGGAAUCGUUGGUGCACAACUGUUUUGUGAGUUCCAAACUGAUUAGCAGCUCUUUCUGCUCUUUAGGCUUCAAAUAUGCAGCAAAACUACAUGAAAUCAAUUGAAGAGUAGGCCAAAUUAAGAUCAGUGUUUCUUAAACUGGUACGGAGUUUUAUACAUCGAAACAGUCUUCUUUUACAUCUUUUUUUUGCCAAAUCUUGUGGUGUUUCACAAAAAAAAAAACCCAACCAAAAACCCAAGCUAUAUUUAAGAAGUAGGUUAGUGUUCCUUUUUUAAUACAGCUAAAAAAAGAAAAAAAAAUCACAAGGCAAUUUUUUAAAUUAUUGUUGUAGUGUCUGGAUUGCUGAAUGUGAAAGUUGCCAACGGACAAUUCUGUUCCACUGCUCCAAACACAUUCUGGGGAUUGUAAUAUUGUACUAGAUUUCCCAGAAGCAGGAGCCAUGGAGCUUGUGUAGUAUAUAGCCUCCAAAGUCUUUUUUGUUGGUUUUUAAAUUAUUUUAAAAAUGUGAUGUAUUAUUAGAAGGUUAAAGAUGAGCGAUAUGAACAAUAACUAAAUGUCUUGAUAUUUAAAUUUAAUAAUUAAAUUAUUUACAGUUUAGUGAAGUUAAGGAAACUGAAGAGAUGCAUUCCUCAGCUCCAGGUUUCAUCUUGUAAAGAAACACUACUGGAUGGAGUAACAUUCCGGCAAAAGUUUGAAUGCAUAAGAAGCUCUGUGGGACUACACUGGAAAAUCUCAAAUGGAUCAUAUAGACCUUAGUCUUUGGUCAGUUGAUUCUUUCCCCUGCCAUAGAAAAGACUUCUUAAAGACUUCAGUGCAAAGGUGGUGUGUAAAUAUAUGUUUGAUAAUUGUAAAGCACAUAUGUACACAGAGACACAGACACACAGGCACACUGGAGAAUAAUCUUCUACUUUGGGUCCCCCUAUGUGCUAUAAUUAGUGCAAGAAAUCUCAGCCAAGGGCUCCUAACAGAAUUUAAAACAAAAUGGUUAAUAAUAUCAACAUGUAAAUUGUCCACUUAAAAAAAUAAAUAAU